AUGCUCUUAGCAUCUAGAUCCACCGCGCCUUCCAUCACCUCACCUCUUCUCGCUUGGCCCUCUCAACCUUCGGCUAGGUCAUCCCCCCUUUCAACACCUUCACCUUCUUCAGACACCUUCGAUCAUGAUCUCGUCCAUCCGAGGUAUGCCAACGGAUCCAGUAGCAGUGCCAGCCUAGCCACAUUUGGUAACGCGAGAGGAAUGAGCAUGCUGGGAGAUAGAGAGGCAGGAUCUAGAUCAUCUUUACCCUUCACCGAGAGAACGAACGAUCAACAGUUUUCCGAAAUGCCAGUGGUCAGGAUCGAAGAUGAGGAUAUGGUGGAGAGAAAGUAUGGUCCGCCUUCGAGACCUUUAUCUCCUCAUCAACUAGGACGUAUAGCUCAAUCUUUCGGUAUCGUCAUGCCAAAUCUUCCACGCUCGCCAUCUUUCACCUUCCCCACACUCGCCAGUCCAACUCUAUCGGCAGUUUCUACCGGUUCAAGUAGACAUAAUCGAUUCUUACCGACUCCUGUACCGGCUAGAACACCUUAUCUUCUCACUGUCAUCCCGCCGGCCUUUCUACUACCGAACAAGCCCAGCACAUCAAAUGAUGCAGAACAGAGGGUCAAACGGUGGAAGAGAGGGAGAUUAUUGGCCUUGCAACCUACUCUCGAGGCAAUGCUCAAUUCCAUAGCUCGAGAGUAUGGUUUACCAUCUACCACUGGGAUAUCCUUGUUCCUAGCCCACAAACCUAUUUCGAAAGGCAAAGAGCCUGAUUCGUCCUCACUAACGUCUCUCGAUUCCGACGACCCUGGUCCUCUCAUUUCGUCAAGCACAUGGUCCACUCUUUUUUCGAUCUACCUCCACUCUACCCCUUCCUCGCGCUCUUCCACCCCAGCCCAUACGCCCGUCAAAGGACAAAGUCCUUUUGCCCGGGACCUGCCUUUCCCCGCAAGUCCCCUUUCGCUCGUUGGAACCUCAAACAAGGCACGAUUACGGGGUGCCUCUGCAGAGCCGCAACCUUCUCCUACCAAGAGAGCACAACCUCGAUCGGCAGAACCAGCCGCUGGGUUUAUGCUUGAUAUGCCUCCCACACCUGCCUCUACUGGCAUGACUACCGAACCUGACGGUUCUAGUGCAAUGGCCACUCCAGUAGUAGGUGCUGUGGAAUUUGACAUCGACCCCGAUGUCGCUACAUGGUUUACAGAAUGGCGGCGGACAGGAGUACAUCGACGCAAAGCAUCUACAUUAUCUGAAACGUCUGGUUUACGUGAAUUUCGACUUCGACGAUCUACUCCCCCAGAUGUGAUCCCCCGCUUCCUUCGAGAAUUGGAGACGCAUCCCUCGUCGUCAUCAGCAACGUCCGAUUCCCCAGCGUUAGAAGAUGAUGACUCAACAUCCUCACCUUCCGCCUCACUCGAGCCACAUUCAAUUGAACAGAAUGACCAUGACCCGUUGGCAGACCUCUUCCCUUCUGCUGCUUCGGAAUUUGCAGCGUUGAGAGCUUCUAGGACUUCGCAAGAACAUCGGUUGUCCAUUCAAGAUAUUGGAGUGGAUCGCGCUGUGAGCGCCUCAGCCAGCAUGAGCUAUUUCACGGAUGUGGAGACGUCCAGUGGUCAUGGGAACGGGGAUAAUGGCGAAAAGACAGAAGAGGAAGUCAUGGAAAUGCUCACUCCCCUUCCGAACGGGCUGCAUCACGGGGAUUUUGCACAGAUGCAACGUCAAAUGAUCGACGAUGGUGAUAAAAGAGGAAGUGGUUUGGUGAUGUCUGAGCAAUUGGACACGCUGGAGAAGAUCAUGCGUCAACUGUCACCCCGAGAAAUCAGACUCACCUCGCCAAGAGAGAUGACACCUCGUAUGGCGUCCAAGAUUGCCCAUUUACAAUAUCCUGCUCCUCCUGGUUCAAAACCUAAACCAGCAUCUUCACCCUUAGCCAACGGAUUUACCGACUCCCCUCCCCAUCCUUCUUCAAAACAUCGUUAUUCUCUGGCUCCCGCUUUCGAACCCACCACUCAAGUUCGCAUUCCAUCAUCAAACCAACCCCCAUCCCCCUCACAAGAACAACUAGCAACGUUACAAGAUUCUCCCCGUCCUUCUUGGCCAACAGUCCCUUUCUCUCGCCCAGAACUACCCGCAUCUCCAGAUAUCAACAAAAUCUUCGUAGUCCCUACUAUAAACGGUCUUUCCUCUCCUAUUUCCGUUUCUGACGAAACUCUCAGACGAAUGCAAGUGGAUUCACCGCCUGAUAAACCUUCUGAAUGGCGUCCUCGUCGUCCACAAAGACCACCAUCACCAAAUCUUCACAUCCAUCGACCUAUGCCUCAAUCUCUCUCUCCGGAGCUCGUCCAUAUUCUCCGGUCUCCGGAACGGGAACAAACAUCACCGAACAGUGUUACCUCACGAUCACCUAAUGAGCGGGAGAAAGAAAAAGAAAAAGAUAAAGAUCGUCGACGAUUAGGUAGAACGGCUAGUGUAUCUUUGAAAGGACUUCGACAACAAAUGUCAGCCAAGAAUCUAAACGUCAUUUGGAAACGGGAUGAUAAUCCUGUUGUACCUUCUCUUCCUUCUCGGUCAGUAUCAGAUUCUCAACCUGUUGGAUUAUUCAAAAACAAUGUGAACAUCGAUUCGGAAAUAUCAUCAUUCCCGAGUUCACUGUCUUCCAAUUCGAAAUCACCUACGGAAGCAAAACAAUAUACAGAUUUAUUACCCAGUCCAACUUCUCCAUCAUCCAUUACCACUUCCACGAAAACAGGAGGCUUCAGUAGAAUUCUUCAAUCUGGAUUUUCUUUUCAUCGUAAAGCCAUUUCUGUUGAUAAACGUCCAGACAAAAGAGUUUCUAAAAACACAUCCAACGGACCUAAAGAUAUUUCUGCCCCGAUAUUAUCUUCUUUCCAGAAAGUCUCAUCGGAUCAGGUGGAAAUGACCUCCCCACGACUAGGUCCUACAGACCAACAGAGUACUCCGAAAUUGGGUCAUUCACCCAGGUUGAGACAAACGGGUUUACCGACAUCCCCCGCUUCACCGAAGAAUCUCAGGAGAAAACCGGUACCAACGGAGGGAAAUGUGAAAGAGAGUAGAUCGUUGGCUAGUAUGGCCAGUUUCGUAUUGGAUGAUCCACCAAAGAGAAGACAGAUGCAGAAUGGACAAGGGAGAGAACAAAAGGAUGGACAGAUUGAAGGGUCUGGUCAAGGGAGAACCAUGGGUUUGGCGGUUUAGAUCAUAUUUUGUAAUUGAGGGUUUGUUACCAUGUAGAACAAUUUUUUUUGGGAUGUUGGGUAAAUGUGAGUGAGUGUGAGGGAUAUAAUGUGAGGGAUUAUUUUCAUGCAUCAUGUUUUGAUGGGG